AGAGAGAGAAGAAAAGAGAUGAUUUGUCAAUUAACCACAUGAUAACAAACUUAAUAAUGAACGGACCAAAAAGGAGGAAAACAUAAUCUUGAAGGAUAAAAGGGAAAUUUCUCAGUUAAGGGACUUAACCUUUAUAGUUAAAUGUGAUAUUUUUGGGCAAUAAAGUAUUGCAAUUAUGGAACUCAUUUUUCUAAAUUUUGAAUAUAAUUGUAGUACUCAUUUUUUUCCCUACCUUAUUUUUUUGGUACAUCAGAAGCUAUUGAAACUUAAUAUCUAAGGAACAUGGCCCCAGUACAACCACCUUGCAGUACUCAUUUUUUUCCCUACCUUAUUGCAGUUAUCUUCUUUUCGCUAUUUUUACUGUUUUCAAUGCCUGUACUGAGUUAUGGUAAGCAACAACGUGCACAGUGAACCUUUCUCUCUCUCUAAAUUUUUUUCCUUCAUUUUUGUGUUAUAUCUUGAUUAUUCUUUGUAGAAAAGAAAGCAAAUAUAAGGUUUUUUUUUAUUGUCAGUAAUUCAAAAUUAUAAGCGGAAGUUGAUGGAUGAGUAUGCCCUUGAGGUUAUACGUUCCAUAUGUGGGUCAUUAUCAGAGUUAGAUGAGAACCAAUUUGAGCAAAGUGGAGCAGUGGAAGCAAGCUAUCGGGCUAUCGAGAAUGACAUCCCUGAGAUUGCAAUUGAAUUAUUAAAAAACCGUAAUGAUAAUAUAUUAUUGAGGAGAACAGAUCCCGAGGAUUCAAGAAACAUGUUUGCACAUGCUGUAGCACAUCGUCAAGAGAAAGUCGCACGCUUUCUUUAUGAUGAAUUUGAUGAAAUGAUGGAUACCAAUAUGGUUACUGUCACCGAUGAAGAUGGGAACAAUAUAUUACAUAUAGCUGCACGAUUAGCUUCUCAUUCUCAACUAGAUCACAUCUCCGGUGCAGUUUUACAGUUGCAAAAUGAACUACACUGGUUCAAGUCGGUUGAAGGCAUUGUUCCACGGUUCUACAACAUGAAAAAUAAAGAUGGUGAAACUCCUACCCAAGUAUUUCUUAGAGAACACAGGAAUUUGCUAAAAGAAGCCGAAAAAUGGAUGAAAAAGGUGGCAGAAUCUUGUACAGUCGUAGGUGCUCUUGUUAUUACCACUAUGUUUACUGUAGCUUUUACUGUUCCUGGUGGAAACAACGAAGGGACUGGCUUCCCCAUUAUUUUGAACACAACGAUGACCCAUCCUUCUGAAGUAUCGUUUGCAACACUGUUCAAAGUAUUUGGAGUAUCAGAUGCAAUUUCUCUUUUUGCUGCAUCCAGUUCAGUGUUAAUGUUUUUGGGGAUUCUCACUUCUCGUUAUACUUGUCAAGAUUUCCAUAUAUCCUUACCCAAGAAGUUGAUUAUUGGCCUUUCUUCGCUCUUCAUCUCCAUUGCAGCAAUGAUGGUAGCAUUUUGCGCUACUCUUGUCAUUAUGCUACAGGGUAAAAAGGAGGUUUGCAUCUUAAUCUCACUAACAUUGAUUGCCAGUAUUCCUGUCACUUUAUUUUUAUUGCUGCAAGCUCAUCUUCUUGUUGAGAUGUAUGGCUCAACUUUUCGCCCAGACAUCUUUAAUAGGAGAAGAUACUGGAAAUACAAAAACGAUGAGAAUAUAUGCUCAUGUUUCAAUAGGAGAUGGUGGUUCACAAUGAGGAAAAGAUGGAUGCUUGUGAGGUUGUGUGCUCUUGUUUUACUUUAUUUUAUUUCAUUUAUUGUAAUUUUUAUAAAUUAUACUGGCAAUAAGUGGUUUAAUUGAUCGGAGGACUGUACUAUAACGACAGAAAUUUGUAAUAAAUUUAAACACCUCUCUUACUCUAUAAACGGAAGAUGCAUCC